CUUGUAACUUUAGAAUAUUUCAUUUGCUCUUAAUUUAUUCAAAAUAUUCAUUUCUUGGAAAAUUCUAUCAUAUUACGAUGUAAAAGUUUUGAACGGUGCAAUCAAUAUUUUAUAACAUCAACUUUGUAGCUCCCUCUAUCGGAUUAAAAUUUCUUUUUAAAAUUAGCCCGACUGCUGGCGACAACGCAUAGUCAUGUGGCUAUGGGACUUACUAAAACUUGGUUAUAAUUUUUCUUAUUAACUAAAUGAAAUACUUACUCUACGAUUUCAACGAUAAACCCCGUAGCAAGUCUUCACCAUUUGUCACCACAGUAACUUUUAUAUACUGUAUUUGUCUUAGAGUUUCGUUAGAAAGAGAUGCUUUGGCAGAUAAAAUUAUUAAAGAUGUUUUAAUAGAAAGCGACGUAAUGUUUAUAUACAGAAAAAUUAUCUUGGUCUAGCUUUAUGCAACGAAAAUGCCUGAAUUUUCUUUCUAGCCUCCUUCAUACAGUUAACAACCUCCGUGGACAAAGUUCCCCUAUCCCUUCUUGCUGCUUGCAAGAAAACAUCACGAGAGUCCCUAAUAUUUCCUCGUAAUAUCUUCAUAAUAAAAUUGGUCAGGAGAAUUUUGGUAAUAACUUAUGUUCGGUUGAAGCUAGCGUACUUGUAUUGGUCGUUAUAUGCGAAUACUUUCUUAGCAAAUCCCAUUCAUUGCUGGUAAGCGGUUUGACUCUGUGUUUUGUCUGCAACACUGAAACCAUAAAAUUUGGCGGAAAUUCCAGUGCACCUAAGCUCCAAAACCUUACACUUAGAAUAACUGAAGUUGCUAUGAAACUAAUAAAAUAUUAUGAGUUUGUAUUCAUUUCUAAGAGUUUCUUAACCUCUUUUGACACAUACGUCACGUAUUGUGUUUCAAGGUUGUAUUAUCCCUCUGUCUCUCUCUCUCUCUCUCUCUCUCUCUCUCUCCAUGUUAAAUAUUGAAUAAUAUCAUGGGUUUAUAAUUUUAUUUAUAAAAUCAAGUAUUUUAGUAAUGAACUAGAAAUAGUAAAAAAAGCAUUUCGGCCUAGUUUGACCUUGAUAUUUGUAACAUGGUAUUUAGUUUUAGGGGAAUUGGUUUACGGGAUACGGUGGUAUUUCGUGAUUUGAACCCUUGGUGUAAGGUUGAUACGGAGGCUGAUUAUAUACUGGCUGUUGAUUCUGCAUUGGCGGUUGAUAAGGAGGUGGAUGAACCAGUGGAUUUUGACCGUAUGGGGGUUGUGAAGGAUACUGUGGAGGAGCUUGUGUGUGUAUUUGCGAUGAAGUUUGAAUGAUAACUGGUCCACCGUUUGUUGGAUAGCCGCCAACCGUUUGUCCUUGUACAACUGCUACACAUGGUGGUGCCGCUUUCGGUGGUGAAGAUUUGAAGGCCAGACAAGCGUUAAUAACCGAAAAAAUUGUAGAUAUAAUAGCUAAACCAAAACAGGCGUGAAGGUGCUCUCUCCCGCUUGAGCCUAUUUUUGCUACGAAAACUAUCCAACCAAUUGCCGUAAGAAAUGCUGUAACUGAACAUAGAAUACCCAAAAUAUUUUUAUUGAGAGGAUAUCUUGGCUGUUCCGAACAGUUGAUUAAAAGUGAAAAUAUUCCAGACACGACAAUCAUGAGAGUUGAUAGUAUCAUCAUGGCUCGAACACUUUUUAGCCAGUCUGUAUAAGUAAAAUUUAAUAUUUAAUUUAACAUGUAAGUACUUUAUCAGUUAAACAAAUAAUCGCAAAUCAGUUAUAUAUAUAAAUAUCAUAGAGAAAAGUAAUUUACCUGUUGGAUUUUCUAAAGAUCGGCACGAUGAUAUACCAAAUGCACCACUCACUGUUACACAAAUUUUAAAUAAUCCCACUUCUUGGCGAGAAUAUAUUGAGCUAAAAGAAGAACCAUAAUGUAGCCAAUGAUUACUUCCAGUAACAACAGCCUGCACUAUAAAAGUCACAGGUAACAUACAAAAAAGUAACACUUUAAAUUGCCAAGGAUUUCGAGUAAAAGUACUCAUUUUAUGUUAACGCACCGAUUUCUUCAGCACAAAUAUCGUUUUAUUCAUUCCCGCUAGUGUGUCGUCUGCUUUUUGGUAACUAUAAAAACAGUCACUAAACAGAGUGCAUACAAACCAGGUAUUUUCAUUCAAGCGAUAACAAUGGUUACGUCUACGUUUCAUAGAGCAUAAUUUUAUAAUAAAAGAUAGUCAAUUUUAUGGGUAAAAUGAGUCAUCGAUAACGCUAUAUAUAUAUAUUAUAUAUGUUAUAUCUAUACAGUAUAAAUUUAUACUUUGUUACGCCCAAUGAGUACAUUUCCGAAGGAACCAAGAUAUUUAAAAGUAUAUUUAAAUUUCCGUUAGAAAUACAACUACAUAAUUAUUCCUAUUAUAUAUAAUGUAUAGGUUUAGUGCAUUUUACUUGAUAUAAAGAAGAGAGAUAAUUGAUGAUUCAGGGAAUUUAACGGUAGGGAGAUGGUGGCCUAAUACUCAUUUCAGUUAAACUUGCUAUUAAUUUAUAAUGUGCAAGUUUAUAUUUUUUGUCUGUAGUUUAGACAUAACCUACAAUCGUUAACAUUGAAAGACAGUAGGUCAUACCUAAUCAACAAUAACUUUUACCGCUAGAAGUCUAUUUUCUACUUUAAAAACAUUAGUGUAUCGCCAUCUAUUGACUAUAAAAGUUUCAAUACCAAAGUUCGUUUCGUUAAUAGUUAAAGGGCAAGAAGACGAUUGUUUAAAAAAGCUCAAGAUGUUAAGGAGAUAAAGAAAUAAAUAGAAUACAUAGAUAUACAGUAAAAAUAUUUAAUUAGCUGACGUAUAAAUUAACUUUCCGCACUCAUUAAAAUAUAAAGAUAAGCGAGAUCUUUCAUUUAUUUUCACAAGAUUGAAUAAAUAAUUGAAUGUUCUUUGGCAGAAUUCAAUAACUGUUUCGGAUGUUUGUAGAAGCCUGUUUCCUUAGUUAUCUUGAAUAAAUUACGUAUUGAGUAUUGUACUAAAGGAAAGCAGUCAGAUAUCUCUAUAAAUAUCUAUGUAUGUAUACAACAUGUAUUUCGGUUUCGGCAGAAUUAACGUAUAUUGUAUACACUUUUUCUUAUAUUAAAUGAAUAAAUAGACAUAAUAUAAGUGCUGAAAUAUGAAGAAAAUGUUCAUUUUUGCAUUCAAUUGGUAAGAUACUUGAAGUAUUUAACUUUAAAUCGCUUUCUCCUUCCAUGCUUUCUUCAAGAUACAAAAGUAUUGUAAAUGAAAAAUGAUAUAGAAUGUAAAAAUUAAAUAAUAUAAAAGAAUCGUAUAAUAAUAGACUAGUUUUUGAAAUCGUGAAUAAAUCAUCAAUAAAAACAAAAUCGAAAAAUAUCCUCUUAUUUAUCAUAUUAUUGACAAAAUAAGGUCUAAAUUUUUAAUAACUCCUACGUUAAUAUCUAAAAUUACAAUUCAAUAAAGGGAUGAUAUAUACUAUGUAUUGAUAUAUAUAUUUUAUCACCUAAGAAUCUAUCAGAUUCUUAUAGAAUGGAGGAUAACUAAGUACACUUUCCUUUUGUUUUGACGUCUUUAGUAUUUGUUAUUAUUUGUGUUUUCCUUUUUUUUUAGUAUUUAUAGUUAUGGAAAACUUUGCUCUAUGAUCUAUUAUUACAUUCUUUUUUACGUAUGUCAACUAAUUAAAUACAUUUCCUUUCGAUUUUUCACUUUGUUUAUAUAUAAAUAGUCGAUCUGAAAAGCUAAAGUUUUACAUUUCAGUACGUUUUGUCAUAUUGAUAUAUUAAUUUCUGUUUACGUCAUCGAUACCUAACGAGUAAUCAAAGGCAUUCGGCUCUUAAUAUGACUUGGACAAAUAUCGUUCUUCUCCUCUCCUAUACUCUUACCCUCAGUCAUUCAUUGGAUUUAUAUAUUUCUCAAAUUCCAUAUCUUACUCAGACGAAAUUGUCAACUUUGGAUAUUUUUAAAGACGAUUUGCUAAGGUCUCAUUUGAGGUCAUCCGGAAAAGUCAUUUUAAACAAGUCAACGACAUUGACAAAUAUAGAUAUUAAAAAUAAACUACUAUAUUGGAUAUUAGAUGAACAUUCUAGUAGUAUAAAUCCUUGUUCCGAAAAUCUUAUAGAUGAAGCGUAUGGGAUUAUUUUCGUUUUAAAUAAAUCAUCAAGUACAGAAAAUGACGCAACUAAAUGGGAAAGUAAAUGCUACAUAGAUAGGAAGAUACCUUUCGGAAUUGUUGAAUUGUCAAGUUUGGAUUUUAUAGAAAAGACACCUUUUGUUGAACGAAUUUCAAGAAUCCCUACACAUGAAUUCUCAACAGCUAAUUUAGCACUGGAGCACAUAGAGAUAAAUUAUUUCAAUCAAAAUAAGACAUUUCCAGUGGAUAAAGUUGUGAAAAAGAACAAGUUUUGUAUAUAUUCACCAGAAAAUUCUGCAUUUUAUAUAUCUGCAUACAAUAAAUGGAUUGACCGAAUAACUAUAGACGGAAAUGAAUCUUUUUCAGCUGAUUUUGGUAUUAAUAUGAAAGAUUUUAAAUGUCAGCCACGUAACAAGAAGGUCACUUGCUUCAAUCAGAAUAUUGGACAAGACAAUAUAACAGUUUUCUUCUCAGAAAGUUACUAUUUAUGCCAAAUAUCAAUUCAGACAAUAAACUUGGCGUAUAAAUCAAAAUUAACGACCGAAGGUGAAAGUGUCCCAUUCUCAAUGGAUAACAAUCUCUCUAUGAAGUUAAAGGAAUAUUUGGAGAUUUCAUUAACAAAAGAGCAUUUGCUAGAAUUAGUUGCUCUAAAGAUAAGCUUAAAUGAUAUUGGAAAAUAUAAUUUUAGUAUCCACAUCUCAAGAAAUAUGUAUUACAGCUGCGAAUCACCCUUUACCUUUGAAUUUAAAGGAAAUAACAGUUGGAUGGCGUUGCCUUGUUAUGGUUUGAGUAAGGUAGCAAGAAUUCACGCUAAAUUCGAUUCAAUGGUGUUAUUAUACGUUCUAAUUUAUGGGAGGCGAUUAGGUCCCUGUCAUUAUGAAAAAUUGUUUAUACCAUAUAAAAUAAGAGAAAAGCCGAAAAAAGACUCUAUUCUUAACGUGGUUAAAAAUAAAUUGUCAUUGAUUAGAAACGAUAGUAACGUUCAAAAUUCAUAUUUUUUGAACGAUAAUAACGAGCUUACUUGCCAUACAUUAUCCGGAAUAUGGUAUAGUUUUUUUGCAGCUGACUAUAAUAUCAUUAGAAUAGAGAUUAAAAGUGAACCAGUGCAAUUGGUGGUUAUGAUCGUUAAGUUGAUUGGGAAAGAUAACAAUUUGUCGUUAAAUGUAAAUCUAAAUGAAAAUUAUACACUAGAUGAUAAUUUUGUUGCCAACUCGAUUGAAUUGAGUGGAAAAGAAGAAAUAUCUGUUAAGAUAUGCGAAAUUUACAUUUAUGGUAUAUUCAAUUCAACAAUAGGAAUUGAACCGGUUGAAGUGAAAGAAAAAUCUAAAACUUGUGAUUAUCUUGAAAAAUUGAAUGAUAAUUUUUGGUUGCCACCACUUCAGGAUUAUUGCUAUAAUUUAAAACGAGAGACACAAUAUAUAAUGUAUGAAUUAGAUGAUUAUUAUACAAUUCAAAGAAUAUGGUUAUCCCAUUUGAACCACAGUGCUAUUAUUGAUGUAUCUGUUAUAGGAUCGAACUACGAAAACUACUUAAAUGUUCAGGCUAUGAAACCUUAUAAUAUGAGAAGAUUUUGCGCGGGAAAAACAACUUUAUCAGACUAUGUAACCAUAAUAAAUUGCGUUGAAGACUCUUUUGGCGAUAGAUUAUAUAUUUUUAGUCAGUUUGACCGUGUUCUAAUAUGUGAAGUCAAGUUUAUUGGAGUGAAAAUUAAAGUAGAUAGUGACGAAAUUUUAUUGAGAGUUGAAAACAUUUUCGAAAGUAAAGGAGUUAUAGAGCUGGAUACAUUUUCAAAUAUAACAUCAUUAGCUAUUCAACCAUCAAUUGAUAUUCAAUACUAUGAAGUUCUUGGUAGACAAUUAGACUGCAGAAUUGAAGAAUGUACAAAUGACAGUCAAAUUGUAUUAUUUAGUUAUAAUUCAAGUAAGUAUGGUAUUCAAGACAAGAGAAUGGAAAAUUUAUAUACGAUAUACUCACCUCACUUAAUUAAAUAUGUAACAAUUAUUAAGUCUUCUUCUCCUGAUUCUAUGACAGUAAAAAUAUUUGGAAGGUACCAGAGAGGAGGUAACAAAACAUUUUCAAUGAAAUUUUUGCAGUUUCAUCUGUUUUUUACCCUUUUCAAUACAGAUAUCUCGCGAAGAAUUCUUUCCGAUUUCCAAUUACCAGCCAACGCCCUUCUAAGAGCAGAUAUACAUUCUUUAAAGGACUGCGGUCAAACUUGUCGUAAUACAGCAAAUUGUCGGCUCUACUCUUGGAGAAAUAUAGACAGCGAAUGUAAAUUUCAUGAUAAACCUGAAACAUCUGGUACUUUAAGGGACAUUUACACAUAUCGUGAUUUAGAUAAUCCGAAUGAAAUGAAAAAGACGAUAGUCUUCAGCCAAUGUUACAAUGAACCAACAAAAUCUUAUUGUUAA